AUGCCUCACUCCCUAACCACCCCCCCUCGCACCGUCAACAUCGCCGAAUACCUCUUCACCCGCCUCCGCCAACUCGGCUGCCUCUCCUGCCACGGCCUCCCCGGAGAUUUCUCCUUGCGCAUGUUAGAUUUCGUGCACAGCAGCGGCGUGCAAUGGGUCGGGAAUUGCAAUGAAUUAAACGCGGGCUAUGCAGCCGAUGCAUAUGCCCGACUCAAUGGCCUCGGAGCUCUGUGUACGACAUUUGGAGUCGGUGAACUUUCGGCUGUGAAUGCUGUUGCUGGAUCGUAUGCGGAACGGGUUCCUGUUGUGCAUAUUGUUGGCACGCCUGGGAGGAAGAGUCAGAGGGAGGGGAUGUUGUUGCAUCAUACUCUCGGAAACGGCGAUUUCCGCGUCUUCGCCCGAAUCCAUCAAGAAAUCACAAUUGCGCAAACCAAUCUCCUCGAUCCGAUUACUGCUCCUGCAGAAAUCGAUCGUGUGCUCGCCAUUUGUUACAAAGAUUCUCAACCCGUGUAUAUUCAAUUACCGACGGAUAUGGUCGAUCAGGCCGUGGAUGCGAGUUUGUUGGAAAUCCCGAUUGAUACGAGACCGCGCGCGAGUAAUUCCGAAGCGGAGGAAUUGGCGUUGCAGAUUGUGUUGGAGAAGAUUUAUAAGGCGAGACGACCGGUGUUUUUGGUUGAUGGGGCGGCGCAGAGGAGGAGGAUCCUCCCCGCCGUCAGCGCCCUCAUCCGCAAAGCCCCUCUCCCCGUCUUCGUCGCGCCCAUGGGCAAAGGGACCGUCGACGAAGAUCUCCCCAACUUUGUCGGCCUCUACGCAGGAGCUGCAUCACAUCCGGAAGUCGCUGCUGCGUUGGAAAGUAGCGAUUUGGUGAUUACCAUUGGCACCAUCCAAUCGGAUCUCAACACGGCGGGUUUUACGUAUCAAUUCAGUAAAUUGAAUACGAUCGAUAUCGAAUACGAUUGUGUCGCGGUGGGAUAUGCGAAAUUCGAAAAAGUAUAUUUUAAAUCUUUUGUUCCGAAAUUGGAGCAGGCGUUGGAGGUGGAAAAAUUGUCUUGUUGCGCUUUGGAAAUUCCGAAGAAAAUCGGUGCUGCAACAGCAGCAGAAGACACGACGUCAAAUGAUCUGAUCGCCUCCUCCUCCUCCUCAUCAACCCCUCCAACAGAAGAAGAACAAGACCUCAUCACCCACGAAUACCUCUGGCCCCGCCUCUCCACCUUCCUCCGCUCAAACGACAUCCUGAUCACCGAAACCGGAACCUCCUUCAUGGGAAUUUGGGAAACCCUCCUCCCUCGCAACGUCACCCUCAUCAAUCAAAUCCUCUGGAGCAGCAUCGGCUACGGCGUCGGAGCCGCUCAAGGUGCAGCCUUGUACGCUCGCGAACACAACCUUCAAAAUUCAGACUCUCCUCAACAACAUAAAAGAGUCAUAUGUUUCGAAGGCGAUGGAAGUUUUCAACUGACUUGUCAAGAACUUUCUACGAUUAUGAGGUUGGAAUUGGAUGUUAUUAUGUUUGUCAUUGAGAAUGAUGGGUAUGAGAUUGAGAGGUGGGUGCAUGGACCUGAGGCGCAUUAUAAUGAUAUUCAGAGGUGGCAGUAUAGUAAAAUUCCGGAGGUGUUGACUGUGGAGGAGGAGGGGGAAAAUAAGAAGAAGAGGGUGAAGACUUGGAAGGUUAGAGGGAGGAGGGAGUUGGAGGAGUUGUUGAGGGAUGAGGAGGGAUUUGGGAGGGGGAAGGGGUUGCAGUUUGUGGAAAUGCACAUGGCGAGAGGAGAUGCUCCGAAGAAUUUACGAGAAUUUGCGGUGAAUGCUGCAAAGAGGAAUAGUACUAAGUAA